CGAUAACCCUGUUUGACAGUAAUAACAAAACCAAUUUUUUUUACUGUAGGUAGAUAAUUCAAGCCGAAUAAAGAUAGGAUAGGUAGUUCUGCAGAGUUCAAGCCUUUGCCUUAAAACUAAACGUGAAAUUAACUUGAGAACGUAAAGAAAGAUUAAUUAUCUGUAACUUGAGAAAAGAAAAGACCACCUAUUCGGAGUGCAGAAGAAAACCAGAAAAGUUCUGAAUAAAGAAAAGAAACAACUCGCUCGACCUACCUUCGCUAAGAGUAUUAUUGUGGUUCGACCGCAAUCAUCAAAAAUUUUCAAUAAAUCAACAUUAUAGCCUCUUUACUUUCAGUAACCAUAGAAACAUAUCAAGCUUAAUAUGACGAAAAAUUCAAUAUCUUUGGAUGUCGAUCCAAGUAUAAUGGAGAAAUAUAUGCGAAUUGUGAAGGAAUCAGCUAUGGAAGAGGAGAUAAAUAAAUUGUUAACUUCAGUUGAUACCGUGCCAUCAAAGCUUGUAACUCCAAGACCAGGAAUGUGUGUCAAGACAUUUACAAAACCAGAUAAUAAGAAACUCUUUGUGAAUAUAUGUUUAACAGAUGCUAUUCCCUGCCCCAGGGAUAUCACUAAUAAUGAAUUGAUGCAAAUCUUGAGUUCUGAAGACCCAUCUAGUUACAGAGUUCCCAUGAGCAUUGGGGAAGGCAGAAUUGAACAAGACAAAUCAGGAGCACCAGCAACUGUCUACGAUGUCGCCAUAAAUCCUGAUUUUUUUAAGAAAGUAGAGAAAGAUGACUUAUUUCAAACUUUUUUCUUAACUGUUGUCCUUGAAGGGUUGCAAGAUAAGUACCAAUUGGAAAUAGAUAUGCAAAAGUAUACUAUUUUGAAGAAUAGGAAGUCAAUUGGUACAUUACAAUCUCAUAGAAUACAAAUAAGAGAUAUCAAGAGUGUUGAAGAGAAAACAAAACCUCCACUUAUCGAAGAAAUUCAGGCUCCAAACCAAGAUCUGUCUAAAAAAGAAAUAGUCUACAGGCUUACGAGGGUGCCACCAAUAGGGGAAAUUGAAUACCUCUUAGCUGAAUUUAAAAUACCUCCUUGUAUUGAAUUAAAAGACUUGAGUUUAGUCAUCGGUGAAGAUCGUUUGGUUUUGGAUAGCAAGCGAUUCGAAGUUGUGGAUUUCUUCCUACCUUGCAGCGUUGAUCAAGACAUAAUAGAUGCCCAAUUGAAUAGGAAUAAUAAUAUUUUGUACGUGAAAAUGCCUGUUAUACACUAAAGGCCAUUCUUUAAAGAUUUCUUUUAACUAGUAUAAUAAAAUAUUUGCUACUAUCUUCUGAA